CUUACCUUACUUCAUCUUCCCACUCUCUUAAGACAUCACCCUAGCUUGCAGCAUCCAUUAAACCCGCAAAUCUGGCCGAGGAAUUGAGUAAUUUAGGGAGUUGAACCCGGCGGGGAGCUUUGGAGCAGACGAUACCGGGCGGCCACUAGUUCCUAGCCAAGAUUAUAAAUAGCUCUACUAUCCAAUUCCCACCGGGUUUUGUGAGUCUGGGCCCUGCCAUCAUCAGGGGAGCCUCUUUUUCUCCCUCUCUGGCUUUUUUCUUUUCAUUUCACCUCAGUGGAAGUUAUUGGGCACUAAUCAGAAUGGAGCUUCAGUUGGUGGAUCAGUUACGAGAAAAGCUAGAAAAAGCUAAGCUUUCUCGGGAAGAGCUUCAGAGAAUUUUCCCACCGAGCCUGUUCAAGAGGCAUAGGCACGAGGCUGCACCUUAUGUUCCAUACUCCUUCCAAAAGAUUAAGUUGGAAGCUGAAGCAAGACUCAACCAACCUGGAGUUCCAGUCAAGCCAAAGAUACCCCAUAAUCAGGUCCAGAGGUAUCUGAAGGAGUUUGCCGAUGCAAAGGAAGCAGGACGGUUUGCACACCUGCCCCCAGAUCAACUUGAGAGGCUUGAGGAGGAGGUGAAGACAGCAGCAGCAGACUCUGAUAAAUCAAAAGACCUUGAAGAGUUUCUGAGAGCUGUCCGUGAGGAUCAAGCUAAGCCACAAGGUGGUGGAAAGGACCUUGGAAGCACCUCACACUUGGAAACAGAAGGUGAAGGAGCAGAAGCACGUGAACCACAUCCUGUUCCAGCUGAGGGCAAGUUCAUCGGUCAGUCAACUUCAGAAGUCCCUGAUCUUCCUCCUGUUGAGGUCAUCCCACCCCCACCUGAGUUUCCUGCAGAUCCUUGGCAGGCAUUUUUAGACUACAUGGCGGCCACCGAAGGAGGACCAGAUACACAAAUCAUCCCUGGCCAGGAAGGCCACAUUAUUGAACGUGGCAUGCAUAAGGGCAAGGGCAUUGCUGUCCUAACAAGUGGAGGCGACUCCCAGGGCAUGAAUGGCGCUGUCCGCGCAGUUGUGCGUAUGGGAUUGUAUGUAGGAGCUAAUGUAUUUUUCAUCAAAGAGGGUUAUCAGGGCAUGGUCGAUGGUGGUGACAAUAUUGUUGAAGCUAACUGGUCAUCUGUAUCAGGAAUUAUCCACAAGUUGAUAGCAGAGUGGAUCAUAUAUAGUGGUGCCCCAGGGUCUAAUGUGUGUCUCAGGGUUGUAAAUAAAAGUUUGGAAGCAUAUAUAGCAGAAAGUUCAACAUUAGGUGUUCCCAAAAUAUUAAUAUCAAGAGAAAUUACAGAAGAAGAGCAGAAAACGUAUUCUCACCUUAAUAUUGUCGGCAUGGUUGGGUCCAUUGAUAAUGACUUCUGUGGAACUGACAUGACCAUUGGCACUGACUCUGCCCUUCAUAGGAUAAUUGAGGCAGUGGAUGCCAUUGCUUCAACUGCAUACUCUCAUCAACGAUGCUUCAUCCUGGAAGUCAUGGGUAGACACUGUGGAUAUUUGGCUCUAGUAGCAGCUUUAAGCUCUGAGGCAGACUUUGUUUUCAUUCCUGAGAACCCUCCUCCUGAGAACUGGGGUGAGAAGAUAUGUAAAAAGCUGCAGCAGGAAAGAUCUAUGGGUCAACGUUUGAAUAUUAUCAUUGUUGCUGAAGGAGCUAUUGAUCAGCAGGAUGUGCCUAUCACCGCUGAAGGGGUUAAAAAAGUCAUUGUUGACAAGCUCGGCUUUGAUACUCGUGUGACUGUUCUUGGUCACGUUCAGCGUGGUGGCUCUCCCUCUGCAUUUGACCGACUUUUGGGUUGCCGUAUGGGUGCAGAGGCUGUUCUUGCCCUCAUGGAAGCUACCCCAGAGACGGAGCCAUGCGUCAUCUCACUUGACGGUAACCAAGCAGUGCGUGUGCCUCUGAUGGGCUGUGUCCUCAAGACUCAAGCUGUUGCUCGGGCUUUGCAGGAUCACAGAUGGGAUGAUGCUGUCCAGAUGCGAGGAAGGAGUUUUGCCCGUAACCUUGACACCUACAAAAUGCUGACAAGAUUGAAGCCUCCAAAGGUCAUUGAAGGAGGAAAGAACUCGACCUGGUAUCAGACACCUACACCAGCCAACACCCAGCUGUUCCAAACUGCAAGUACUCUUCUACAAACAUUAGCAAAAAAAAAUGUCCUUGGGAAGAACAUGGGUAUAACUACAUUAAAUCACAGUGGGUAUAACUACACUAACUCAAGAAAUCGUAAUGACACGAUUGCAAAUAAACCAGCAGUCCUGGUCCGGUCUGAUUCAGAUGAGGCUCCAGAGGGAAAGCAAAACACAGUUUUGGACAGAGGUGACUUGGGAGGCUUCAAUCUAGGAGUGAUGCACAUAGGUGCUCCUGCGUGUGGUAUGAAUGCUGCUAUUCGGUCGUUUGUGAGGAACUGUAUCUACUGUGGUGACACAGUGUAUGGCAUUCAUGAUGGUAUCGACGGACUUGUGGAAGGCAAUAUCCAGGAAAUGACAUGGACUGAAGUAACAGGAUGGGUUGGUCAGGGUGGAGCCUUCCUGGGCACCAAACGCACGUUGCCCGACAAGCACUUUGACCAGGUGGCUGCACGUCUGCGAGAGUACAAGAUGCACGCCCUGCUGAUUGUUGGUGGUUUUGAAGCUUAUCACGCACUGCUGCAGUUGUAUGAGGCCCGUGGCAAGUACCCAGAAUUCUGCAUUCCCAUGGUUGUCAUCCCCUCUACUAUCAGUAACAACGUUCCAGGCAGUGACUUCAGUCUAGGGUGUGAUACUGCUCUUAAUGAAAUCACUGAGAUUUGUGACAGAAUUAGGCAGUCUGCUCAGGGAACUAAACGCCGUGUGUUUGUUGUGGAAACUAUGGGAGGAUAUUGUGGUUACCUAGCAACCCUGGCUGGUCUUGCCGGAGGUGCUGAUGCUGCCUACAUCUAUGAGGAACAAUUUGGUAUUCAGGAACUACAGCUUGAUGUUUAUCACAUGGCAGCCAAAAUGGCUGAAGGUGUCCAGCGGGGCCUCGUUUUACGAAAUGAGAAUGCCAAUGAUAAUUACACGACUGAUUUUAUCUUUAGAUUAUUUUCUGAAGAAGGUAAAGGCAUCUUCAGUUGCAGGAAAAAUGUCUUGGGGCACAUGCAGCAAGGAGGUUCUCCAUCUGUGUUUGACCGUAACAUGGGCACAAAGAUGGCAGCCAAGACAGUCACGUGGUUGACAGACCAGAUGCUUGCCCAUCAUCGUGAGGAUGGCUCAGUGUUUUGUGAUGAGCCACAGACAGCUGUAUUACUUGGUCUCCAAAAGAGAUCUUAUGUAUUCCAGCCUGUAAUCGAGUUGAAACAUCAGACUGAUUGGCAGCACCGUAUUCCAGUCAAUCAGUGGUGGUUGAAGCUUCGCCCUCUUCUCCGUAUCCUGGCCAAACACGAAGCUGCAUAUCACGAAGAGGGUAUCAAUGUUAAAGAAGUGGAAGAAGCUUUGGACUAAAUACAGUAGACAGCCAUCAUAUGUUAACCUUAUUUCUGUUGUUAGAUGUUUCUAAUUCUGCGAUUAUUGUUUUUAAUACCAUUUGUUAUGAGAACACACUAAUUAUCUUUGAUAAUGAAUUUUGUUUUUCUAUCUAUUUUAGCCCAGUUAUUUUUCAGGGAAUUUACAAUGGAAGUUAAACAGUUUAGGGAUGUAGCACAUGUAUGAGGAUCUCAUUUUUAUUUUUAUUUUUUAAAAAAGCUUGAAGUAUUGUGUAAAAAAAAAAAAAAGUGGGCUUUGAUAUCUGUUGUAUAAAAUGCUCAGUGUAGAGUUUUCUUGACCAGUUCCUUGUCUCGUAUUUUAUUGGUAAAUUGGCUAGGUAACUGGGAAUAACCUUGAAUUAUACAUAUACUGAAUAUUUUUCAGUAUGCAGUAUGCUAAUUAGUUGUGAUAUGUAAUAUUUUAAGUUAACAAUGUACGGCUUAUUGCAUUCUGAUAUACCGGGUAAUAAGUGUAAUAUGCACUAGAUUCUGCAAGCUGUUGUAGAUCAACUGGGUUGUAAUGGCCAUGAAAGCCACCAAGUAGCAAUAGACUGUUUCAACAGUAAGUUAUCAGGAAUGUUUUGUCUUAGCCCUAGUUCUGAAUUAAGAGAAAUCCCUUAUCAGCUAUAGUUUAAUUAUUCUACUUAUAUGCAAAAAACAAGCACUAAACCCUUACGAAUCACACAGUGCUGCAGCCAUAGUUAUAGUACAGGUAAUACUCUUAUUACCAACUUUCAGAAAAUCAUUGUGUAUUUAGCCACAGUAUCUGCUUCCUCUUAAAGCACAUUAUUAUUUUUAAUUCAUAUAAAAGCUAAUGCGAAUACCUUUUAACAACAUUAAAGAAUGCAUAAUCGAUUUGAAGAAGCUUGUUUGAAAUCUGAGAAAGGCUAAGAGCAUGUUUAAAUCAUUUCCAAAAUUCAAUGGAUGCCAUUUUUUACUUGUAAAAACCUUUUUUUUAUGGAGAUUAAGAACUGAAAUUACAGGACUUUCAUUUAAUAUUGUGGUUAUUAUUAUAAUUUUUAUUAUUUGUAAUGGUAAUGCUAUUAUUAUUGGUGGUAAUGGUUGUAAUUGUAUUAUAUGUAUUUCAUUGUUAUUAAUAUUUUAUCAAAAUAUAUUUUCUUGCUGAAGUACAUGGAUUUUUAAAGCUCAGGUGUCACUGUAAAGGAGCCAUGCUAUUGCUUAAACAAUGUGCUUCAUCCCCAGAUCCUGUUUUCAUACAUCAGGUGGCAAGUUACUGUAUGUUAAAAUAGUAACCCUCUCAUAGCUCCUUCAGUACAGUCCAAUAUGUAUAUACAAGUAUGAACAGGAAUUGUCAGAAUUAAAUACCAGUGUAUGGUACAUAAAGGAGUGGUCAAGAUUAAAUAUAUGGGGGUAAAAAAAAAAAAGGAGGGGUGGACAUAAAUUGAUUUAUAAGUGUGAAAAGGAAUGAUUAAAAUUCAGCAUAUGGGUAAAAGUUAUAAAAAUUCAGUGCUCAUUCACAUGUUAAUUUGCACAACUUUGAAGUAACAUCAAUGUUUCACUUUCCAUACAUUUAACUAUUUUUUUUUUUUUUACCAUUAUUUGUUUAUAUUAAACUCUCUGCCUUGUACUAUAGCAGUGCCUUUACAGGAAAGUCUCUAGUCAAGAACGUUAAAAAAAUUCUGAUAAGUACAUCUUUGGCUAAUCAUUUUAUUUUCAUUUAUUUAUGAUUCAUUUUUUUCAAUAUUCAUGUGCUUAUGUACUUGCUGCUUGUAUUCAUUUUCACAUCACUAUAGCAAUCUCUAAUUUGGAAUUUACACAUUGGUAAAAAGAUUUGCCAAAUUAUUUUUCUAAUUUCCUUAAAAGCGAUUUCUUUAAAACAAUUAUUUUAGCUAGUAUUAUUGGUAAUUUUACAAAAUAGCAUUAUCUAAAAUUUUGAAUCUGAUUUUACUCAAAAUCUGAACAACAAAAAAUCCAGAUUUUAGGUUAAAAAAUAGUGUAAUACUAGUUUUUCGAAACUAGAAACACUAUGUUAUUGUUCAGAUUUUUUUUCAUAAUUUAAAAACGCCUAUCGCUAAACAAAAACGUCCAAUUAAGAUAAUAUUCUGUGUACCUGUAUAGAUAUACAGGUAUACAGUACUUUGACAUAAAAUAAUAUAUGACUACCUUACAAGAUAUUUUAUGAAUAUAAAUCAUCGCAAAUGAAUGACACUUGUAACGUGGUCUCAAUGAUUUACAGAUGUGCCUGCCUAAAAUACUGAUUUUUUUUUUUUUUUAAUUACUACUAUAGCAACAAUAUACAUAUAUGGCAGGGACUUGUUGGAAAUGUCAAGCAUUUGGUAGGGAAACUUUGUGCCAUAGAUCUCUUUUAAAGAUUGUACUCUAUUGAUUAUCAGAUCCACUGCUCUUUGUACUGAGAAAAAUGUUACUUCAUAUAUGAUGAAUCCUUAUCUGUAUCUCAUCUUUCCCAGUACCUUGGCUGUCCUCAGUGUGCGCUGGCAUUAUAUAAAUAAAUCGUUAUAUAUCA